AUGGCUUCCCCUCAAAAGAUCCUUGUCAUCGGCGCCGGGGAGCUGGGCUACCAGGUCCUACGCUUCUUAGUCCAGCACCCAAAACGCCAAGGCAUAAAUGUGUCGGUGUUGUUACGUCCAGCGAGUCCGAGUCUCUCGCCAGACGAUCCUAAACAGAAAAAGAUCGACAGUCUUCAACAACUAGGUAUUCACAUAGUACCAGGCGACAUUGUCAAAGACGAUGAAGACACACUGUCCUCGAUUUUCGCCCGCUACGACACCAUCAUCAGCUGCACGGGUUUCGUAUCCGGCAGAGGAACACAGAUCAAAUUGACCCGCGCCGUCCUAUCAUCCACCACUGCAAGAAGUAAACCCAGAACCACACGCUACAUCCCCUGGCAGUUCGGGGUGGACUACGAUGUCAUCGGGCGAGGGUCCGCGCAGGAUGUGUUCGACGAGCAACUUGACGUCCGUGACAUGCUGCGUUCUUCUUCGCAAAAAACAGAGACCCACUUGCAGUGGACGAUCAUCUCUACGGGCAUGUUCACGAGCUUUCUAUUCGAGCCGUCCUUUGGAGUCGUCGAUCUGGAAAACGCCACGAUCUGCGCCCUGGGGAGCUGGGAAAAUCGAGUCACGCUGACCACGCCAGCGGACAUUGGGAGAAUCACAGCGGAAAUUGUCCUGAGCUCAAACGCUGCUGUCUCCUCCGGGUGCGAUCUUGGAUCCAGCUCCGACUCCAGCUCCGGCAAGGUGCUAUUCAUCGGAGGCGAUACCGUCAGCUACACAGAGCUCGCGACGCUCGUCGAGAGAAUCGUGCAGAAACCAUUCCACAGAACCCUUCUCACGGUGGAAGACAUGCAAAACGCGCUCGCGCGAGACCCGGGGAAUACUUUGCUCAAGUAUCAGAUUGUUUUCGGACAGGGCCGUGGUGUUUCGUGGGACUUGGAGGAGACGUGGAAUCGGCGGCGAGGAAUACGCGCGAUGACGGCGGCGGAGUGGGCGGAGAUGAAUUUGGUGUGA